UCCAUUUUGUUGCAAUCAGAAACGGAAGGGAGAAGUGGCGUUUCGACGGCCACCGGUAACAGCACACAAGCCUCAAAGGGUGACGGAUUUGUAGGAAACAUAGACUUCUGUGCUUCCUACACAGUCCACGGAGUGAAAUCAGAGGCUAACCACAUAAAUAUUUUCAAAGAAAGGCUUUAACAACCAAGCCUGAGGAAGUCGGCUCGACUUCUUGGAGCAUCGUGCGCCGAGGUGAAUUGAUGUUCAGCUCGGCUUCACGGGAAAACAACGCUCAUUGGCACAUGAAAACCUCAGACCUUGCUGGACACAUAAGUGCAGCGAGAAGUAGACAGAGAGCUACUUCGAGGACCUGGGGACCGAUCGGAGGUGAAAGAUUAAAGAGGGAUCUCAGCCACGUCCACUCUCUCACAACAAAGAGGUGAGAGCUGCCUGGCUGGGGGUGUUUUUGCUCUGGGUUGUGUGUGGGGGAGGGGCAGCGCAGCCCUGGACGUCUGCAGCUCCUGCACGUAGCUGCUGCAGCUUGUUUUUUUUUUGUGGAGGGUGCAGUGUAGAGUGCCUUUUACGCAAUAACUUUUAUUUUAAAAACGAAAAUGGUAACGUUUUAUAAUUGUCUUGCAGGUGACAGGUAGUAGUGAAACAUGGGAGGUGGAGAGAGGUACAACAUUCCAAUUUCCCACCCGGAUCGCCCCAAAAAAGCCCAUCAGCUUGGCAAGGCUAAGCAAAGAAGCCGUGACCAGAACGGAACCACAGCAGCAUCUGUAGGAGGAACAGGGGCCCUUCACCACCAUGGCCACCGUCGGAGCGACAAAGGCCCUGCCUACCACAGAUCUCCAGAGGCAUGGCAGGCCAUGUCCUUGGAGAAGAAUGCUUCUGUCCGGUUUGCCACCAACUACGAAAGCUGGGAGGGUGCAGUGUCUCAUCUUAACACGCUCCUGUCAACCCAGGGCAGCCCGAGCUAUGCAGGCCCUAAGUUCAGUGAGCCCCCCUCACCUAGCGUGUUGCCCAAACCCCCCAGUCACUGGGUGUCUUUCCCUAUAGCGUCCUGUGACCACAGGGAGAUGAUGGCCUUCGAGCUCAAAAACCUGCUGAAGGUGCAGGCUUGAGCUGAGUACACACACUUCACCUAACUAGAGCCAAUGCUUAGACUGUGACUCUAUUGAGGCAUUUGCUCACCAGGAAUGCCUCAAAGCUGUAAUACACUUAACGUUUUAACAGACAUCAUCCGUAGCUAAACGUGGACAUUUAAAGCAGUGAAUUGACGUUGAGUCAAUUUCUUUUUAAAUAGACUUUUAAGCUAUUACAGCUUUGCUGCCUUGUUGGUUGGGCAUGCCUUAAAUGGAGCCAGUUUUUGUAAAACGACGACAAACUGGAUUCUUUUUACUUUUUUUUUGUUUUGUUCUUUUUAGAGUUGGCUGUCCGAGCAGAUUGAGUGUUCUUUUUUCCCCCCCAAAUAGGGGUUGAACUAUAGGUCAGGUGACAUCCAUUACUUUUAUGGUCCAUUUCUGUGGGCAGCUGAGCUAUUUCACUGGUUUUGGUUUUAAGGUUAAAGUCUUUGGAGGGACUUCCAAAGUUUCGGGUGCUAAAGCGAGUUCAUGUUUGUAGCAUUUUUUUAAGAGCCCCCCCCCCCCCUUUCUUAGCUAAUAUAUACCUUGUUUGGAACGAAAAAAGGCACUCAACUGUAGUUCUGCAGGGAAAAAUGAUAUUCUAUUGAACGUGAGCUGGUGGAUACGGUGAAAGCCUGACCUCGAAGGCUUGAACGAGACCAUAGCACAUGGACUUCAGACCACCAACUCCUGUAUCCCUUUUUUAUUGCGCUGUGCGCACACGCACUAUAGGAGUUGAGUGUGCCUGAAGUCCGCAACACUAUCACAGCAUUAUUUUGUACAAGUCCUUUUUGAUGUGAUUGAAAGAUAUGUGAAGCGCUGGGUAACCAAAGCUUUUUUUGUUGAUGGCCCCCGUGUGGUUGGCGUGAUUCCCACUCCUUUUCUUUUGCCAGCCCCGGCGGUGAAUGGGUUAGCAUUCCCUAAACAUUCGUCUGUUUCGAUCAGUACUGUUACUGCCCUUCAGUCUCUGCCUCAUCACGACGGUGGCGCAGCUCCCAACGCGCGGAAGAGGGCCUCGUUUUUACGACGGGGUCCAGUUGGGUGCGCGCACGUCUGAGGUGAGGUAGAACCCAGGAGCUUUUCUAGAGGGAAGCAGCUCAAGGGGCGUAACCUAUAGCAACGGAGAUGAUUUGUUUGUUUUCAAACAUCGUCCCUGACCGGCCAUCUGAUAAUCCGUCCCCUUGAUGCUGCUCGUUUCCCCUCCUGCACUGUAACCAGAACUUCACCCUGAGUACCAGGUUAGGAUGCUAUGGGAAGUGAUGGAGAUGCAAUGGACUAUCUUAUGAGUUCUAUAUUUUUGUGAUUUAGGCCUCUGCUGAGGCUUUUUCAUGUUUUCCCUUUGCAGAAUUGAAGCUGCUAAUAGCCAGUGUAAAAACAACAAAACAAAAGAGAUUGUUAAUGUGUUCAAGAGCCAUGUAAAUAAAAUAUGUGUAAAGUACUUGUAGCAUAUGUACAUUUACAGGCAAACAUUUGAUGCCUGUCUGACAAAAGUAUUUUUAGUAAUGAGAAUGAAUGUAUAAGACGUGCUAAGAACAUGUCUUGACUUCAAUAUUGAAGAAUAUUUUUGUUAAAAAAACAAAGAAAGUUCCUGCUGUUAGCAUUUAGCAGUACCCCUACACUGUCGACCUGAAGGAGAUCUUACACAUGUUUUUCUAUUGUUUUGUAUUACGCAGUGUAGGGUCAGAUAUGCCAAGUGCAAAUUAAAUAAAACAAAAAAAAUUUUAAUUGGAUUCGAGGAGACUUGCGUAUGGAGAGAUUUGACGUUUUAAUCUGCUUUCAGAUUGUAAGAUCGACACUUAAAUGCUAACGAACUCGUUAAGUUAAUUUUUUGCCAACUUUUCUUUUUUCUUGAAUAAUCACCAAUCCGAGGUCACUUUGAGCCCUCAGCUGUUCUUCCGCCAGCUGACGGUUGAAUCUGACUCACUGAUUAAUUAUUACCUUUGUUUUUUUUGCCGGAUUCAGUCUUGCAUAGCAAUGUCUCCUCGCUCUACAUAAAAACAGAAACAAUUGGCUGCUAAUUUGUCCCUUUUCAUGAAAUGUCACCGAUGAUUAAAAGAUGUGCCCCAUUUUAAGAUUUGUCUUGAUUGAUUUUCAAAAAUGUAAAAUGUGCAUUGAAUUGAUGACAAAGUUUAAAAAAAUAAAUAAAUUCCUUCCCCUCCCCC